AUGAAAAAGUUGUUCAAGCAGUCCGUAUCGAGUCAAGUGAACACGUUCACGAGUUGGAUCGUGCAGAGGGUGAAACACCUGAACGGGCAGGUGGAUGCCGACGUGUUCGCGGCAUUCAUAGAGGGCGUCGAUAGUCCGGAUGAGGUUUGGAGAUUUCUAUCUCUGUUUCUCUCAUUUUCUCAUGCUUUUUAUUACUUUUUGUUAUUAUUUAUUAUUGUUAUUAUUUAUUGUUGUUUUUUUGAAUUAUUAUUCGAAUGGUCUCUGAAUCUCUGCCCGUGGUGGACAGAUUCUGCCAAAUGA